GAAACGAAGACACAAAGAGAUGAUCUGACUUGGCCACAGUCCCAGAGGGCAUCCGUGGCAGAGCUAGGAUGGUCUCUAGGUCCCUGGGGUCUCUCAAGCCAUUGUUCUGAUGUCCCUGUAUGUAAUUGUUUUGAUAGCAAUUUCCCUGGUUCUCUCUCACUAGCCUAAUCACGCAUGUCAAUCACAUUCAGGACGGCCAUGGGCCUAAGGGUCAGCCAGUGUCUCAGGAGGACGGAAUUCAAAAGGAAAAACAAGACACAAUAGCGCACUUUCUCCUUCAAGCACGUAUGUCAGUUGUGGCCUCAUAAGUCUGACAGUGUGUGUAGGAGCGAGGGUUGCUUUUUUUUUUUUCCUUCCCGAUGGAGAAAGGAUGUGUCCAGUGCUCUGACCACAGCAGAAAACCCAGAGAGAAAUCCACCAGUUUAAGAUCCUUUUACUAGAGAACACUCAAGGAUACUGCAAGAGUUCUCCACCCACUCUCUAACGAAUCAGGAGGGAUGUCCUCUUUCUUCCUCCUCAGCGAGUCUCAGUCGCUUCACUCCAUCUGUUAGGCACGCCUGGACGGUGGAGCAGGAGUGUAAACCUUGACGCGGAUGCUAAUUGCCCUUCCCCUACAGACCACUUGGCCUUCUUUCCUCAUUUCACUUUCACUUUAGAGAGCCGCAUCUGUGGCCCAGGAGACAGGGUCCAGGCUUGGCCCUGGAGAAGGCCCCGAGGAGAGGCGCGCGUGCGGCCGACAGGGCGGGGUGGGACAGGGAGCGUGCGCGGGGUCUGUUCGCGUGAGGCGUGGAUCCUGGAAUGUGCGUGUGCGCGGCCCUCGAGCACCGCCCGCGCGGCGCCGAUUGGGCCGGGGGCGCGCGGCGGGGGAAGCCCUUGGCUAAUCUCCUGCCAUUCAGCCCGGUCGACGUCGGCGCCGGGGCCGUAGCGCGGCGCGCGGAAGGACAAAUAGUCCCCGCGGCGACACCGCGCGCCCCUCCACGGCUCGCCUCGCCCCGCCCGGGGCUGCCGGGGCCCGGAGGCCCGGGCAGGCAGGGGGAGGGGCGGCCUCCGCGGCUGCUCGAUCCCCGCUCCCCUCUUCGCGGCCUGAUGAGUGGAUUGAGCUCCCUUGGGAAAAGCCCCGGUAGAAAGCUGGGUGGUAAGGAAGGAUCAACGGAGAUUACCCCUGGUGCCCCAACCACCUGGCACGUGACUUUUGCCCCUCCAAGUUGUCAUCAUUCUGAAAUUCACCUGGCUGCUGAUCUCCGGGAAGAGAGAGAAUUUGGAACAUUUGAGUCUUUCAGCCACCACCACCUCGUUUUUCUCUCAGAGCUCUACUUGGAGCUAAGAUGGAGAAAGCCCUGCCAAAUCUGGGAUCGGAGAUAACUCUUGUUAACGGGGGUACCGCGGGAGAAAAUAACAUUCUCACCAGAAUCAUCCAGGAAAGUAUCUCAGGUCCUUGCUUUAGCAGUAGCGAACUUCCCUAAAUUGUUUUUCCUUUGGGGAGACGGAGCAGAAGUGGGAGCCUUAAGCAGAGUUUAUGGCCGAAAUGUUAGGAAUGUGCUAGGAAUUUAAGUGACUAACUCAUCCCUCUUGUGAUUGUUUUUUUGUUUUUUCGCCUUAUUUACUGUAUUUCACUCAUUCAUUCAUCUUCAAACAAGCUUUAAUUGGGGGCUUUCUAUGUGCCAUUCUCUGUUAUACUUCCCAGAGAUACAUCAGUGAAUAAAAGAAGUCCCUGCACUCAUGGAAUCUCAUUAUAGUUCAGACAAUACAUGCACAAACAGAUAUACAAUAUAAUGUCAUGUAGUGAUGAAUGCCAUGAGGACAAAACAGAGUAGAAGGACAAAGAUACAGGUGAGAGCAGUGUGGUUUUUUUUACUACUUUAGGUAAAUUGAUCUAGAAAGUCCUCUUUGAUGAAGCUAUGUUCAAAACAGCGGUCUGAAUGAAAUGAGGGAGAAAGCCAAGCAAAUGUCUGGGGGAAGGAACUUUCCAGGCAGAGAAAAGAACAAGUACAAAGGCUCUCAGGCCAGAGUGUUUGGGGAGCUUGAAUUAGUGGGAAGAAAGGAGGCUAACAUGGGUGCUAUGCAAUGAGCAGGAAAACAGAGAUGGUCUUCUGACUUCCUUAUUCCUCUGCUCAGGUCUAACCUGUCAGAAUAAUCAUUCUAAAUCUUCACUUUUUGUAUAUCUCUUCAUGCUUUGAUAGUUUCAUGGCUAUAUUUUCUAUUCCAUUAAAUUUAAAUUCUUUUGACUGAUUGUUAAGGUCUUGCCCCAAUCUAGUUCCCUCUUAACCUGUGAACCAUGUUUCAGUCUACUUUAGUUCUAGUUAGGUCUGUCUUU